AUGCCCGACAUUGAUCACGACGCUUUGUCCAAGGCAACCAAGGUACUUUGUGUGUUGUUUAUCGUCAUCGUCUGCUGCAUCAACGCGUUUCUUAUCUUCAUCGUCGCAAGAAAACCCAGGUUCGUGUCCUCCCCUUGGUGCCUUAUGUUGAUCUCCUUGUCCAUCGCUGACAUCUUCCUGGCUCUGUUCUCUCUGGUUGUCAACGCCCGGCUUACCUACGAGCACACCAGUCUGCCAUUCGGAACCAACCUCACAGCGCAGUACUACCAAACUUUCAUCAUCAGUUUUGUUUAUGGCGUCGGAUUAAUCCUCAUGGCCGUUGAACUAAUACUUCGACAUAGAAGACUAACUCCAUUCCUCAAACGAUACCUUGUUGUGGUGGCGUUUGCAUUUAGUGCUCUCCCUUGGUUGGUAAUGUUGGUGAUUGAUCUCCCUUUGAUUCUGAGCGACGUAAACUGGGAAAAAUCCCAGGUAGAGGGAACACCGGAGAGGUCCAGGGCGAAAAUCUGGGUCUCUGUGCUGGUUCCAGCCAUAUUGGCCGUUGUGAUAUGCCUGGUUAUAACAUUUAUUAAUCUAGAACCAGUCAUGAAUACCCCAGAAACUGGGUACAGACUUUCAACACGAUUUCUAGCGACAAGCCAUGAGAGGCGAUUUAUACCUGAUUACAAUCACCACCACGUCCAACAAUAUCAUCAAAGACAAACCAUUAAUAACUACCACACAUCCCAACAUGCCACCGAAUCACAACAUCCCAACAACCACCCAGCCGACGUAACUUUCCAAACACCAACAUUGUCUACCACCAACGCUGUAUCCGAAAAGUGUGUUCUUCUGUUUGUGGCUUUGAUCUAUUUCAUCUGCGUCGUGCCGCAAGCGGCCUUGUUUGUUUCCGAUUCUAAAAUUUCGGUCCGUAUAUUUCUUAUCCUACUUCACAGUUUUUACUGGAUUUGUAAUUUCAGAUCCAUUCUAACGCCAGCAAUUUGGGUUUUUUACUGUGCUGAGUUUUAA